UGAAUUUUGACAUUUACUGUUUUGACAUACCGAACAGCCAUCUGAGAACUGUCAUAUAUCGUUUACUUUCUUGCGGGAGAUAUUAUCAUGUUUAGCAGCCAGGAUGAGUUCAAAGUGGUCCACAGGAAGAAGAGGAAACCUAGGAAUUUCCAAAUUCUUAAUCAGAAAGAUGUGCCAACUGAAACUCAUUCGAAUGUUGAUGUGCAACAUACUUUGAGUCGCCUUGCAUCCCUUCGUAGCGACAUGAUCACUUCCGACUUCUUUGAAAACAGCGUGGGGAAGCUACGACAAUGUCUAAAUUCAUUACCUGACCUCGAUGUUCGGCAGUUGAUUUGCUUUGGAAUCGGUUCAUUUGGAAGCUGCGUUAUUGCCAUGCACCAACUCGCAUUUGUCUUAGAAGUUAUUGAAGCACUUAAAAUAGUUAACAUCAAAUUUUACGACCCAGUCCUUACGGAAGCAGAAAAAGAUAUUUUAAACAGAUUAGGUUGCGGAGUAAUCAACGAAAAUUGCGAGGGAAAGUAUCCCGUCGACUGUAUAACAGUUUUCUACCUGCCUCAUUGUCCAAAGCAACUCACGAAUAAUUUACUCUGGAAAAACUGGAAGCCCGAACUACUGAAAAAUGUGAUAAUUAUCGGGAACAGCAUUGAAAAUAUGAAGAGCAACACCCCCGAGAGAUUUCUCAGACAGGAUGCUGGAUACGUGCUGAGGUGCUCUGACUGGGUCACGGAGGUUCCAUUGGAGAAUAAUUUUCAGUUCGAUGAUGUGUUCAACGAUACAGCGAUUCACGUCUUCUGUUGCGAUAAAUUAGAGGAAGUCAGCCAGCGAGAAUGGUCCGACAAUGCAGAGCCCAAAUACGGGGACACCGAGUUGAUAACGGCGCAACUAGAAGAGAAAUUGAAUAUCAGAUAGCGUUAAAUGAAUAAUUAUGAAUUUGUACGGAUUAAGAAGUCUUCCAUGGAAGAGUAUGUUUUCAAUAUUUUUGAAAAUAUAGCUAUAAGUAGAA